UAGAGACCUCCUGUCGGCUGUUUCCGGAAAUGCUCGGCUCUCUCUCCCUCAGCCAGCUGCAUCAUGGCAGCUCCCGGGAGCCUCGGCGUGUGACGGCUGAGGAGAGGCGAGGAAAGGGGGACAGGACCAUGAAUCGGGAGACUCGGGGAUAAUAGAGAGCGAUUUGAAACUUUCAACACAUUGAGCGCUGAUCUAGGAAGCACAAUUUGCUUAACAGGAAGUCCACCCUCCCUUCCAUUUUGUGUUUCAUUUGCCGCAUGAUCCCUGAAAAGUCCUGGAUUAUGUUUGUCGCACUUUUCCUGUGCUCGAUCAUCUGGCUGAAUCGAGGUUUCAAGCUCAGAAUAAGAGGCAGCUAGGCCUAGCUAUAAUCUUCUUCUUUUCCCAUACUAAAUUUUCUUUCAUCUUUUUAUCGGACUUCACUGCAGAAGAGGAUUUACGAUAUCCCCUCUGUAGGAUAAUGUUAGUGGAAAGCCCCAAUAUUUUUGUACUGUCAUUUUUACUCCUGUGCUUUUUUGCCGCAGCUAUGCACUAAAGACCUUGUUGGGCUGCUGGGCCUUAUGAGAACUUUGGAAGUCAUAAGGUGGAAUAUUCUGUACCAAUGUCAACCGAGGGGUUUCAAUAUCGAGCUCUGUACCCAUAUGACAAGGAGAGGGAGGAAGACAUUGACCUAUUGCCUGGGGAUGUCCUUACUGUGAGUCGAGCAGCGUUGUUAGCAGCAGGUUGUAAAGAUGGAGAUGAGCGCGACCCAAAUCGCAUUGGCUGGAUUUUGGGCAUUAACAGUAGAACCAAACAGAAGGGAGAUUUUCCAGGGACUUAUGUGGAAUUUAUUGGUCCUGUCCGAAUGUCACUGCCAGCCCAUCGCCCACGUGGUCAGCGACCUCUUCCUGCAACUCCUACUACGUCCAGGACAGAGCAACCCACCUUACCAGGGGCGUUGCUACCUGAACUCGUUGAUCAGUUUUCCCCUCAGGAGGUAGCUCCUCCUCUUCUUGCCAAGUUGCUUAAAGUCAUUGAAAACAAAGGACUGGACAGUGAAAUGCUGUACAGGACCUCUGUCUCAGAGUUUAAGCACCCACUAAAAACCGUUUUAGAUCUCUCUGGGAUAGACCUGGAAGCAGCAGAUGUACUGUUCCUAACAGACAUGGUGAAGUUAUUCCUGGAAGAGUUACCAACUUCUGUAAUUCCACUGCACGUUCAUCGUGAUCUCAUUCAAGUGCUAUUAGAGAAUGCCGAGGAUGAGCAGAAAAGAGCGCAUGUUUCUUCAAUUUUGCAACCACCUGCUGUCCCCUUGCAACACAUACUAACUUUCCAGUACAUACUUCAGCACAUCAAAAAAGUAUGCAGUCAUAGCAACAUUAAUGGACUAACUGUGAAGAUGGCUGUAGACUAUUAUGGGCCUUUGUUGCUUCGGCCUGUGAUUGCUGGGGCUGAAGCUUUGCCUGAAUAUCCAGCAAUGCUAUUAGAGACUCUUUUGCAUAAUAAUGAUGUUCCAGCAGAACAGCUUCCUCCAGCUCUUCCUCCCAAACCCAUGAAACCCAAACUGCCAGCGGGUGUGGUAAAUGGGGCCGGAGGGACAGUGCAAGAGGCAGAGUGGUACUGGGGAGACAUUACUAGAGAGGAGGUGAAUGAUAAACUGCGAGACACACCAGAUGGGACUUUUUUGGUGAGAGAUGCUGCCAGCAAAAUUCCAGGGGAGUACACGCUUACUCUUAGAAAGGGUGGAAAUAACAAGCUGAUUAAAAUAUUCCAUCAUGACAGCAUGUAUGGUUUUUCAGAACCCCUAACUUUUACAUCUGUGGUGGCUCUAAUCACGCAUUACCGACAUGAGUCUUUAGCUCAGUAUAAUGCAAAACUGGACACCAAAUUGCUGUACCCCAUGUCCAAAUACCAGCAGGACCAGAUUGUUAAAGAAGACAGUGUGGAGGCUGUAGGUGAACAGCUGAAAAUUUAUAACCAACAGUACAGAGAUAAAAGCCGGGAGUUUGAUACUCUCUAUGAGGAAUACACAAGAACAACUCAGGAACUGCAGAUGAGGCGCACGGCCAUUGAAGCCUUUAAAGAAACCAUCAAAAUCUUUGAGGAGCAAUGUCAGACACAAGAAGCAUUCACAAAAGACUACAUGGAGAAGUGUCGCAGGGAGGGCAAUAAUCAGGAAAUUGAGAGGAUCAUCAUUAACUCUGAGAAGCUUAAAUCUCGAGUGACUGAGAUCCAUGAUAGUAAAAGCAAACUGGAGCAAGACUUAAAGAAACAAGCAACUGAAAACCGUGAGAUUGACAAGAAGAUGAAUAGCUUGAAGCCGGACCUGAUGCAGCUGCGUAAGCUUAGAGACCAGUAUCUAGUCUGGCUGCUGGGAAAUGGUGCCCGACAGAAAGACAUCAGCGAAUGGCUGGACAUGAAGAAUGAGCCUGAAGAUCCAUACUCUAUGAUGGAUGAGGAUGAGGAUCUCCCACACCAUGAAGAGAGAACCUGGUACAUGGGAAAGAUGAAGCGCGAGCAGGCAGAAGAGAUGCUAUCUGGGAAGGCCGAUGGUACCUUCUUGAUCCGUGAGAGUCGCCAGAAAGGAUGCUAUGCUUGCUCUGUUGUGGUCGAUGGUGACACAAAACACUGUGUUAUCUACAAGACAGCCACUGGCUAUGGCUUUGCUGAGCCCUAUUACCUUUACGCCUCAUUGAAGGAGCUGGUGCUAAAUUACCAGCACACAUCCCUGUUGCAGCACAAUGAUGCCCUGAAUGUAACCUUGACAUACCCCGUAUUGGCAGCACCAUCUCGGUGAACAGCAACUUCUGCCACAAAAGGAUAUGGUUUUGUUAUGAAGGUUUGUGGGUUUGACAGCGGGCUAUCCUAACCUUGGCUAUGUGUGGCCCAUUCCUCUUAAACAUAGCACUGUUGCUACUAGAGUAGCCUCAAGGUGGAUUAAUAGCUUUGUAGGUCGUUCGGUUUUCCGUGCAGCUAGAGAAAAUUGAAGGAUGCAGCUGUGUAAAGAGACAUCCUCUUUCCUCCUCAGACAAAAAUUGAGUAUUGCCAAGCUAGAGAGGGAUGAGUGUCCAUUGUACUUCUACUGUGAGAGUAGCUUUGUAUCAACAGGUGCAUGUGAUGGCAAAAUGCUUUCACUGUAAACAGUGGUGAUUGAAACCAUUAAUGAAUGAUACAAGUUUAUACCUAGUUCAGUACCUCUGAUUCUCUCUUUUUCAGGUGGUUUGUCAUCUGUUGUUGGUGCAUUAGUAACAGGACAGGGUUCCUAUAAUUCUUAUAUAAUGUAGCACCCUAAAUUCCAUAAUCAUCCUCCUUUCAAUUUCUUGUGUUGUAUUCAUUUGCAAUAUACCUCUCUAUUAUUUGUAGUAGUAUUAAAAAUCUGUUCACUUCCAAUAA